UCUUCUUCCAAAUUAACCUCCAUGGCGGCAGCCGAUCAUUCCCACAACUUCAACCUCCCGCCGGGCUUCCGAUUCCAUCCGACCGACGAAGAACUCGUCGUCCAUUUCCUCCACCGUAAGGCGGCCUUGCUCCCGUGCCACCCCGACGUCAUUCCCGAUCUCGAUCUCUUCCCCUACGAUCCGUGGGAGCUCGAAGGGAAGGCGUUGGGAGAGGGAAACCGGUGGUAUUUUUAUAGUAGAAAGAUUGAUGCUCGAGUUACUGAUAAUGGCUAUUGGAAUCCAUUGGGGAGAGAUGAUCCUGUCCUCUCUACUGCCACCUCCCAAGUUGUUGGAAUGAAGAAGUAUUUUCUUUUUCACGCCGCCGCCACCGCCACCGCCUCCGCCGCCGCCGAUCCAAUCAAAACUAAUUGGAUAAUGCACGAGUAUCGUCUUCCCGAUGCUGCCUCUUCCUCUUCCUCUUCCUCGUCCUCCUCUACUAGAUCGUCCAGACGCCGAGGACGGCCGAAAAGACAGGAUUACAGCAAAUGGGUGUUGUGCAGAGUUUACGAAAGAGAUGAAGAGAAGGAAGAAGAGGAAGAAGAAGAUGGGGCUGAGCUGUCGUGUUUGGAUGAAGUUUUUUUAUCCUUAGAGGAUCUCGACGAAAUCAGCUUACCCACUCGCAUCCAAUAAUGCGUCCCAAACACGCGCUUCCCACGUGCUCUCUUCUACUUAUUAUUAUUACAUCCCACUACCCCCAUCUCUCCCUAAAUUACCAACCAACCCCUCCUCUUUUAUUUUUUCCCACUUCCCCCCCCCCUUUAUGUCACUUUUAUUA